UGGAAUACCAUCUUCCAAAGCAGGCUCCUGUAAACAAAAUCUAGCAACAAUUCGGUCUCUAAUUUCUAGUUUUGUUAUUUCGAUUAAAUUUGCUUGUUUUUCCUUUUUAAUAUUUGUGGAGUUCCUGUGGGUGAGUGCGUCCCAGAAAAUGAAAACGAAACCAAGGUUUCUUUGUCUUCAUGGAAUGAGAACGAGUGCAAAAAUUUUCAAGGAACAAAUAUUCAAAAGAUGGCCAGAUUCUAUACUUGAAAACAUUGAUCUAGUCUUCAUUGAUGCUCCAUUUCCGUCUCUUGAUGACAAACCCACCAUCAGAGGUUUUGUGGGCAUUGAUGAUCUCUUCGAUCCUCCAUACUACGAUUGGUUCCAAUUCGAUCAAGAAUUCAUGGAGUACAAGAACUUGGAUGAGUGUAUUGACUACAUCCAAGAUUGCAUGCUUAAGCUAGGACAUUUUGAUGGUCUAAUGGGAUUUUCACAAGGGGGAAUUUUCUCGGCCACUUUGCCAGCGUUACAGAAAAAGGGUUUAGCACUUAAUAAAGUUCCUCAAAUAAGAAAUGUGAUGAUAAUUGGAGGAGCGACCUUUUUAUGCCCGGUCAUGGCUGAGAAAGCUCACCCUCCAGGGAACAAGAAUUCCUGCAAGUCUCUUCACUUUUUGGGUGAGACGGACAUUUUAAAGGAGCGCGGGAUGAAGCUUUUGGAAUCCUUUGUUAACCCAUACGUUAUUCAUCACCCCAGAGGCCACACUAUCCCAAGACUUGGUAAACCAACUGAACUGCUGAUGUAACCUUCAUCUUAGUUAUUUUUUUG